UCCGCGGAUAAAACUAAUGCAACCUCGUGUUUUCACUAUAAGCGCGCGGUGCACGAGACAUUACAGCACAACUCUCAAAUUUACUCCGCUUUCCCAACAGCAUGGCAUCUGAACUAGCUUUGCUGAGUGUUUCGGAUAAGACCGGACUGGUGGAGUUUGCCAAGCGACUGGUAUCAGUGGGUCUGUCAUUAGUGGCAUCAGGAGGCACCGCCAAAACUCUCCGAGAUGCUGGACUCACUGUCAGGGAUGUGUCUGAGCUCACUGGAUUUCCCGAGAUGCUUGGAGGAAGAGUCAAGACCCUUCAUCCCGCUGUCCAUGCCGGCAUUUUGGCUAGACAAACUCCCUCUGAUAAGGCUGACAUGGAAAAACUAGGGUUUAGUCUUGUCAGAGUGGCUGUGUGCAACCUUUACCCGUUUGUGAAGACCGUUGCAUCCCCCGGUGUGACCGUGGAAGACGCUGUUGAGCAGAUCGACAUCGGUGGAGUUACUCUUCUUCGAGCAGCGGCUAAGAAUCACGCCAGAGUCACUGUCGUCUGUGAUCCGUCCGACUACAGUGUCGUUGCCAAGGAAAUGGAAUCAUCUGACAACCAUGAUACCACAAUGGAAACACGCAAAACUCUUGCACUCAAGGCCUUCACACACACCGCUCAGUACGACGAGGCCAUCUCUGAUUACUUCCGAGGUGAAUAUAGUCGAGGAAUUUCCCAGCUGCCUUUGCGAUACGGCAUGAAUCCCCAUCAAGCUCCUGCUCAGCUCUACACUGUACGCCCAGCACUUCCACUCUCUGUGCUGAAUGGAUCUCCAGGCUUCAUUAACCUGUGUGACGCUCUGAACGCCUGGCAGCUCGUGAGAGAGUUGAAGAGGGUUCUUGGUUUGCCAGCUGCCACUUCAUUUAAACACGUCAGCCCUGCAGGAGCUGCCGUUGGCGUCCCAUUGAGUGAAGAUGAGGCAAAGGUGUGUAUGGUGAACGACAUGCUCAAGGAUCUCACCCCUCUUUCCACCGCAUAUGCCAGAGCCAGAGGUUCUGACAGGAUGUCCUCCUUUGGAGAUUUCAUUGCUUUGUCUGACGUCUGUGACGUCCCGACUGCCAAGAUCAUCUCCAGAGAGGUGUCCGAUGGUAUCGUUGCUCCUGGAUAUGACGAGGAAGCGCUGCGAAUUCUAUCCAAAAAGAAGAAUGGAAACUAUUGUGUCCUUCGGAUGGAUCCUGACUAUGAACCGGAUGACGAGGAGGUGAGGGUGCUGUUUGGUUUGAACCUCAAACAAAAGAGGAAUGGAGCCGUCAUUGAUAAAAAGCUUUUCAGCAACGUUGUGUCAAAAGGCAAGCUCUCUGAGAGUGCUCUUCGAGAUCUCAUUGUUGCCAGUAUCGCAGUGAAGUACACUCAGUCCAACUCUGUGUGUUAUGCAAAGGAUGGUCAGGUGAUUGGCAUUGGCGCUGGGCAGCAGUCUCGUAUCCACUGCACUCGGCUGGCCGGAGACAAGGCUGAUAACUGGUGGCUCAGGCACCAUCCCAGAGUGCUCAGUAUGAAGUUCCGCAGCGGAGUUAAGCGUGCAGAGAUGGCCAAUGCCAUCGAUCAGUACGUCAGUGGAACAAUUGGAGAGGGUCCAGAUGUGGAGGCUUGGAAGGCUCUGUUUGAGGAGAUUCCUGAGCCUCUGUCAGAGGUAGAGAAGAGUAACUGGAUCAGUUCUCUGCAGGCUGUGGCCCUCAGCUCUGAUGCCUUCUUUCCCUUCCGGGACAAUGUUGACCGAGCCAAACGGAGUGGUGUGGAGUAUAUUGCCGCCCCCUCCGGCUCUACUGCUGAUGAGGUGGUCAUCAAUGCCUGCAAUGAGCUGGGUAUUACCCUGGUGCACACCAACAUUCGUCUCUUCCAUCACUAAAGAACGCUACACAACAUCCAGUUGAAUAGAAAUAACCAACUAUUUUCACUGUUACAAAGGUUUAGGGUUUCUUUCUUUUUAGAUGUACAUCUUUUACUACAAUUCCUAGUUUCUAACCAUAAUUCAUAACUUAGCCCAAUAAGUAGUCUGUCCACUCAAUAGUUUAAGUAUUAGAAUGGUUGUUUGUUGUUGCUGCUAAAUAGUUUGGAGCAUUCUUCAUGCAUUACUUUAAUACUGAUACACUAAAAAGAUGAUCCACUCCUGUUCAUUUUAUUAUAAUAAUGUGUUUUCUUUGCAUAAUUUCUGCCAUGCUGUCCUUAUUUUUUCUGAAACUUUUGCAAUAUGAACUUGCCUCCAUACUCUUCCUGAUGCAUUCCAUUGUGCUGCCUAAUGUCUCAUGCAUUAGAAAAUAAAAAAAUAAGCAUUAAAAAAUCAAAAAUACUUAAAAAAACAAUCGAGUAUAAUAGUUUCUCAAAGAUUCCAUCCAAGAGUUUAUUUGCAUUUAUUGACAUGUUUCGUUUUUGCAAGGUUUAUUUUAGAAUCGCAUUCCAAAAGAUUUUGAUUUGAAGUUUUAUAAAUACAUUUUGUCUUGAGUUUUGUGAUCUCAAAAAAAGUGCAUUUAACAGUAACGAAUACUGUUGACAGUAUAACACUGACAGUCAAAUGCAACAAAUAACAUUCUAUACAAGCAGACACUUCUAAGUGAAGGGAUAGUAAAAAAAAAUUAACAUACGGUAUCAAUCUAAAAACAGUGCUGACUCUAAAUAAUCAAUGAGC